AGCGUUAGAGACAACAGUUUACGGUGUCCUCUCUAUGAUUACCGGUAGCGUGAAAAUCGGUCGGAUAAAUUUAUCGCUCUAGAAAUGGUAGUGCUACAAUUACACUGUUUAUUCGAUGGAAAAUAAGUGAUAUUAUUAUGGGAUGUUCGAAACUUGUUUGUCUAUUAUAUACGAAUUGUGCGUUUGAAAAUAGAAUAAUUAUCCUAUUCGUUUAUGAAGUGAUACCAUAUUGCAAUUAAUUCGAUAAUAUGGUUAUGAUGCAGUCACCAAAAUCGGAUUCCGGACAGCCGGAGAGCCCACCACUUUCCCAACCAAACUCGCCUUCAUUAUCAACUGAACCUGUGCAAAUGACUCAUGAAAAAAUGUCAAAUUCAAUGUUAAUAAGCCUUUCGCACACUGCACAUCACCCGUCGGAUAUUUCCCAUCCGCAGGAACGAUCAUCGCCGUCUCCAAAGCUUGAUGGAGUAGCAAUGCGAUAUCAUGAACGGCAGGCAUCAGAAGGAACCAAUUUUGAGUUGAAAAACAAAUAUUCUCUUCUCUCGAAGGAAAACUUAAGCCUAAGAUCUGUGAAUGGUGACCAUAUCAUAUAUACUAAAAGUGACCGCGAUCUUUUAGAACCGAGUGCCAAAUUUUCCAUAGAAAGACUAAAACAAUUAGCUGAGCAUAACAUAACCGCCCGUCUCAGUCCAUCCGAUAUCGACAAAGUUCCCUCUGGAAAAUACUCGAUAGAUCAUAGCAUAAAAUACGUGGUGAGUAAUGAUUCGGGAAUGCAACAUUCUCAAUUUCCAGCAGUGCAACCGGUUCCAGUGAUUCCUGCGUCGGCGGUGCUACCUAGUUUGCAGUCAAUAGCACAACAUUCAGUUCAUGGUAUGGCAGCUCACCAUAAUAAUCAACCACAGCAAACAAAUCUACAGCAACAGCAUCCCUUCGCUAUCAAGUAUCCUCCUAGGAGUGUUUCACCAACAGAUUUGGAUAUCGAAAGAUUCAAAAUCGCGCGCUCCAUAAGUAAUGGAAAGGAACUCUCCGAUUUUGGUUUCCGAAUACAGUUAGGUGGCCUGACAGCAAACUAUGCAAGAAGUGAUACUAGUGAAGAACUCAACGUGGAUGGUAAUGAGGAUAGUUCGCAGGAUGCAACAUCGGGUUGUCCAGUUGAUCUUACUCGUUCCAUGGACAGUAGUAGUGCAAAAUCAAUGACCAACAGUGAUCAGGAAACUACACCAAAGCGAUUAGCUUUCUCUGUUGAAAAUAUUCUCGACCCGAAUAAGUUCAAUGGCAAACAUAACCAAAUCAAUAACAACAGCAGUAAUAUCAACAACAACAACACUGAUAGUAGUCAAAACAAUAAUUCCAGCAAUCAUAGUACUAAUUGUAGUAACAAGUUCUGGAGUGGUUUCGACCGGGAGGAUAAAAUAGACGACGACCAGAGUGACUCACGAUCAGCGAAAGACAUGAACGACAUCGAACAGGAUGAGCUGGGUGAUGAUACAAUGGGAAGCGACAUCGAUGACCACGCCAGUGAAACAGAUUCUAAAAAAGACGGUAGCCGAUCCGGUGAUGGAAAAUCGCAGGGCAAUAGUUCUAAACCCCGAAGGGCACGCACCGCUUUCACAUAUGAACAACUGGUAUCACUUGAAAACAAGUUCAAAACCACCCGAUAUUUAUCGGUUUGCGAAAGACUGAAUCUAGCUCUAAGUUUAAGCCUCACUGAAACUCAGGUUAAGAUCUGGUUCCAAAAUCGACGCACAAAAUGGAAAAAACAAAACCCCGGUAUGGAUGUUAAUAGUCCAACGGUUCCACCUCCGAGUGGUGGAGGAGCUUUCGGUCCCGGUUCCUAUGCCAGUAGCCUUUUAUACCCGCACGCCGUAGCCUACCCACCGUAUGGACCAUACUUUCAUCCGCUGGGCGCUCAUCACCUAGGGCAUUCGCACUCCUAGGCGAUAAACCAGCUGUGCUCCAAGGUACGAUAAACCAGCUGUGCUCCAAGGUACGAGUUCAUUUGUUAACUCGUUCCGAAUAGUUCAUGUACCGUCACGGUCGGGUUGUGCAAGUAUGUAAAAAGUUGAAUUAUUUUCAUCUGUCAAAAGAGAAGUUCCCAGUACUAUCGCUUGACUACAAUGUACAUAAACGUUAUCGCUAAGUAGGUAAUGAUAGAAAUUGUGCAUAUAAUUCGUAGUCAAUUCAAGAAAUCUGUAAAUAUUUGUAUAAAGUUCCCAUUGAUAUACACACAAUACCUUCAUCUA